ACAAAGUUUUCUUCGCUGCGCUUGCAUAACCUCUCUCGGAUCUAAAAUAAAUUAGAAUUACUUGAAGGGAAACAGAAAUCGGGAGUCAACCCGCCAUCUGAAGUGUACUUUAUCUGUUGUCAGUGGUCAUUGAUUUAUUGUUGACAAAAGAUCGGAUUACAUCACGAACUCUACCAAGACGCUAUCAGACGUCGUCAUAACAUCGGACACACUGCGCAUAAAAUAAUCAAUUGAUAACUGUGCUACAUUCUCACAAAACGGCUUGCUAUACACGUCAAAUAACAUUGUUUAAUGACCUUGGAAAAGGAAAUAUUCACCGUAGAAGGCAGUAUUUCAGGCUUCUUUUAGGAGAUGUCUGAGGGAAAACAGUCGAAAGAAAGAAUAUUGUGUGUAUUGUCGCGGUAAAUGCAAUGGGAGAAGAGACGUUUCAAGUUUUUGCUGCGUUGCCAACAGAAGAUGUCUGUACACUUCGCGACCUAACUACAGACAUGCAUGUGUUUCAACUCAAAUCACGCAUUGAGUUAAAAACUGGGAUUCCGGGAGAUAUUCAGCGCCUUCAUUUCAUGAAUAAAGAGCUCUACGAUGAUGCGACACUGGCAAAGGUUAACCUGAAACAAGGAUGUAUUGUCAGGAUUAAAAUGGAUUCAAAUUAUGAAAGUUUAUUCGACGCAUGUUGGAGAGGCGACCUGUACGAAGUCUUCCAAAACGGGGUUCAAUUUCUCGACGAGAGUGAGUUUCAAGGAUAUAAUAUUGCGCUUUGGAAUAGACUUGUUGUGCAAAGGGCUACGCAUGCCUUAUUUAUGGCAAGUCAUAGAGGGUAUUUAGGACUUGUUAUAGAAUUAUUAAAUCAAAGUGCGGCUGAUAUAAACGGGAAAACUCGUUUUGGAAGAACUUCUCUUCACGUAGCAGCAUACCAAGGGUUUGUUGGUUGUGUCUCGUUGUUGCUCUCAGAAGGUGCAUUGUGUAACCAGGUGGAUUUCAAUGGUAAAACGGCUCUGUCCCUAGCAAGCGAAAACGGGCACAUGUAUUGCGAGCGGCGUCUCUGGCUGUACCAACUGAGCUUGAAUGCGUUCAAUGAGAAAAGAGACAAUUUAGAGUCAAGGAAAAGUCAAGAAAGCAUUGAUAAUCUAAGGUUAUCUCCGAAAAAGUCAUUGGCAUUCAGGGCAAAGGAGAGGCUCGAUAGCAAGGAACUUCACUUCCAUCUCCCUCGGGUUCAGCUCUCCAGUGGCUCAACAACAUCAACACCUGUUCACCACAAACCAGCCCCUCGCUCACAGUUCCCGCUCAUGCAAAUCGCCGAAAAAUACAGAAAAGAGCUGCAAAUUAUCGAGAAUUCUAGUAUCCCGGAUGUUCAGGAAGGACCGAGACAGCCAAUAAGACCAAAAACGGCGCCAGGCCCCUCUCGGGUAAAACUCGCUGCGAAAAGAACUGGUGAACAAGACAUUGUUGACCAAGUACAGAGGGCAAAUGUUGCGAGCACCCCUAAAACUCAUGGCGACAGAGAACACAAUGAGGAAGUGACUUGUCAGUCACAUGAUGAACAGACAGACUCCGUGAAUGAUCAUUCUCCUACUGCGAAUAAAAAUAAUAAUGAUGACACUACGCCAAACACUGCUCUAAGCGACAAAUGCGAAAGAUCUUCAUCAGGAAACGUCAUUCGCAAACUUGAUGUUGUGAUUUCAACCUCAAAAGAAAAAUACAAACAAGAAAACCCAGCUUCGCAAAACGAAACCCCUGCCCAGUUACCAGCAGAAAGCCAAGAGUCUGCCAACUCCGAGAUUUUUAUUGAUGUAUCUGAGCAAGCAUACAGGCGGAAAAAAACGGCACAAACAUUUGAGCACUGGCUCGAAAUGAAGCGAAAUCAAAACAAGCUAAGGCCUAGCACUGCCACUAGUCCUCCAAGCAAAAGUAAGCUAGGGAAAAGCAUUGAUCCGGAAGCUUUCAGAGAAUGGUUAAGCAACAAAAAGCAAAGAGAUCAUAGCAGAAGUUUUUCCGAUUCAAGUUCGUCCCCAAGAAAGGGUUUUAUUAGUUCGGGUCUCACUUUUGAAGAGUGGCUUCGGAACAAAGCGAAAGCGGCAAAGGAGAAUCACGUGAACGAUACUGACGAAAAUGGCGGGAACACACAAAAACGCGCGCGUGUCGCAAACUUGGCGGGAAAAACUUACGAUGAAUGGCUAAACGAAAAAAUAAAACAAGCGCAGGCAACACGAGACGUUGGAAAUAAUCAAGGUGAGAAAAAUGUCUCUAAGAGCGGAAAGUCUUUUGAGGUCUGGCUAUUAGAGAAACGGAAUCAAAAACAAAUUGAGGCCAUUCAUAAAGCUACGACUGAAAAGCUCGAACAAAAAAGGCUAGAGUUUGAGCAGUAUCAGAAAUAUAUGAGCCCGCACUACAAGACCUUUGACGAAUGGUUGGCAAUCAAGAAACAGGAGAAUCUAAUAGAACGAUUUCGUGCCGAAAACCAGCCCAAAAAAUACGAAGAAAUUCCAAUAGAGGAGAGAGAAAAGGACUCUAGUUUGGUAUAUAGUAUAUGGUUGACUUCCAAGUAUGUUCAAGAAAUGCAGGAAGAGGAAAAGAAAUAUCAGGAAAUGGUGGAAAAGUGGAAAAGAAAGGAACAGCAGCGCGCUCAAAUGAAACGAAUUGUGCUGGCAAACAGGGCGAAGAAGACCUUCAUACGAAAUCACAUGCGAGCAAAGUCCGCUGAGCCAUGACUUGGGUGUCAAAAUUGUUUUCUUUUUGUUUAAUAUUCAAUACCCUAAUUUAGUUUGAAAAACAAAACCUGCCCUGUAUUAUUCUAUAUUUAAUAAAUAGAAUCAAGCUGUUUUAGCUGUUGGAUCGAUUGAAAUUAAGAGGAUUUUAUUGACGACUGAGAUGAACAUCUUAUUUGCAUAGGGUUUCAUAGCCUACAAAACCACGCGUCACGCCAGUCGGAUCGACGGGAUUUAAUUAGAAGAAUACACAAUUUUAAUUGAAUCAUAUGACACACAUAUGCCUUUGUGAAUUUUACAAAUUAUGCAUUCUCGGGCAGGGCUUCGAGGUCACAGGCGCGAAAACGAGGCAGAACAACGCCACCGCAUUGUUCUCGCGCCUAGCUAACGACGCCCUGGGUGCCCUAUGGUCUAUAUUCGGCAGCAGACGCCUAUUUCGUUUGUUUGCCAUUUAUUAUAGUAUAGUAUACCGUUAUAUAGAAAUAAGGGAUUAUGGCCAAUGUAGAGUAUAAUAAGAGUAUAAGUAAUAGAAUAAAACGGUUAACUUAAUGUAAAAAA